AUGGCUCUUGGAUGGCCUCACGUCACUUGGUCGAGUCGUCGUUUCCUAAGUCAAAUCUCCUCGCCUUCCCAGUUCGUACCACCACUUGGCCAAUUGGUUUUAGGUUGGAACUCAAUUGAACAUGGUAUCUACGUCGCCCGAGUCAAAUCUCCUCAUCUCCCCAAUUCAUACCACCACGUGGCCAAUUGUUGGGAGCUCGUCGUCGAACCAAACAUGAAGAUGAGUCUAGAAACCAAAGCUGUCUCAAUUCAUCUCGUAGCCUUAUUUCUCUCUCUCAUCCCACCAUUGCUUCAAAUCAAAGCCCUUGCCCUUGACACAACAACAUCAUCUCUUAGUCUUGCGAACAAUAUUAAUGUUGCUGGCAACGAGACUGAUUUUCAUGCAUUAUUGGCCUUCAAGUCAAAUAUAUACCCAGAAUAUCAACAUGCCUUGAGCUCAUGGAAUGAAUCUCUCCAUUUCUGUCGCUGGCAAGGUGUCACAUGUACAUACAGUUGCCGACUCAAACGAGUCACCAUUAUAGACCUCACUUCCAAAGGUCUAACGGGUUCUUUGACUCUUUAUAUUGGAAACCUCAGCUUUCUCCAAGAGCUAAGACUUUCUAACAACACUUUUAUUGGUAAAAUUCCAACUGAGCUCGGUAAUCCUUUUAGGUUACAGAAUCUGAAUUUGAGCUUUAACGGUUUCGAAGGUACAAUUCCAACAAGCCUAUCUCAUUGCUCAAAUCUAAUGUACCUUAAUGUCCGCAGAAAUAAGCUAGUUAGAGAGUUCUUGAAAGAACUCGCUUACUCAAUGCCGAGACUCAUAUACCUCAUAGUUUCUGAGAACAAUUUGACGGGAGGAGUUCCUCCGUCGAUUGGAAAUCUUAGUUCUCUGACAUGCUUUUCUGCCUUUGACAAUCCUUUCAGAGGAAGUAUCCUGAAUGCUUUGGGUCAAUUGAGAAACCUAAACUUUCUUCAAUUGGGUGAAACUCAAAUUUCAGGUACCAUCCCUCCUUCCAUAUACAACCUAUCGUUGCUUGUUGUGUUCUCAGUUCAAUAUAAUCGACUUCAGGGUAGUCUUCCACCGACAUUCGGUUUCAUGUUCCCUCACCUUGAGGACCUUCAGCUAUACGCCAACCAAUUUAAUGGUUUGAUUCCGCUUUCAAUAUCCAACUGUUCGCAGUUGGUAAGGCUCGAAUUGCAAAUGAACAGAUUAAGUGGAAAAGUAAGCAUUGACUUUGGAAACAUGCAAAAUCUCCGUUGGAUACAUCUAGAAGGGAACAAUUUUGAAACUAGGGGAUCUGAUGGGCUAGCCUUUCUUAGUUCUUUUACCAAUUGUAGCGCUUUGAGAAAAUUACUUUUGGCCAAUAACCAAUUCGGAGGGGUACUACCAGACUCUGUGGGCAAUUUAUCAACCUCUCUAUAUUGGUUGUCACUAGGUGGAAAUCAAUUGUAUGGAUCAAUUCCUUCAACAAUAGGAAACCUUGUAAAUCUGCAAACCUUACUUCUGGGAAAUAACCUAUUCACAGGCUCAAUUCCUUUUAGUAUAGGUUAUCUUCAUAAGGCACGAAGAAUAUCUUUUUCACAAAACACUAUCUCAGGUGAAAUUCCAAAGUCUAUUGGAAACUUGUCAUUGCUGAUUGAACUUUACUUGGGGAAAAACAAACUAGAGGGAGCCAUACCCGCGAGUCUUGGCUACUGUCGGAAUUUGUUAUUGCUAAGACUUUAUGAAAAUAACCUUAAUGGGAGCAUACCAAGACAACUUUUGAUGAGGUUGGAAAACUCAAUCAUUUACUAG